GUCACAAUGAUCGACUGCCCAUCCCUACAGAGUGAUGUCAAUGGGAGUCUUCCCACCGCACUGGUGCCAAGACCCAACGAGACAAACAUCAUCCACAUCGAAGUCCCUAAAGGGGUUUUCCUCUUCUUGUGUAUUCUCAGCUUGCUGGAGAACAUCUUGGUCGUGGUGGCCAUUGCAAAAAAUCACAACCUCCACUCUCCGAUGUACUACUUUAUCUGCUGCCUGGCCACUUCCGACAUGCUUGUCAGCAUCAGCAAUCUGAUCGAGACGAUGAUCCUGAUCCUUCUAAACCACGGCGUGAUCGGCUGCAACGAACCCAUGAUCAAAAUGAUGGACAACGUUGUGGACACCAUGAUCUUGUGCUCGCUGGUGACGUCGCUGUCCUUUCUCGGAGCCAUUGCCGUCGAUCGUUACGUCACCAUCUUCUACGCCUUGCGAUAUCACAACAUCAUCACCCAACGGAGAGUCGUCAACGCCAUCGCCGGGAUCUGGUUGGCCAGCACCGCCUGCAGCAUCACAUUCAUCGUGUUUUCCAACAGCCACGUGGUCAUCUUUUGCCUCAUCGUGUUUUUCAUCUUCAUGUUGGUCUUGAUGUUGGGCCUUUACAUCCACAUGUUUAUCUUGGCGAGACGCCAUUCGCAGAGCAUCUCCUCCCAGCAGAAGGGGGUAGGAAGACGACUCUCCCCCCACCAAGUGGCCGCCAAACUAAGGGGAGCCAUCACCCUGACCAUAUUACUCGGCAUCUUCUUCCUGUGCUGGGGGCCCUUCUUCCUUCAUCUUACCUUGAUCGUCUCUUGUCCCAAGCACCCCUUCUGCCUCCAGUACUUCAAGUAUUUUAACAUCAACUACGUCCUGAUCAUCUUCAACUCCAUCAUUGACCCCAUCAUCUACGCAUUCCGGAGCCAGGAGCUGAGGAAAACCUUGAGGGACAUUGUGUUCUGCUCCCAACACCGCCUCCGCUUUAUAAGCUGCGGGACGGCGGAGCGCCGCCUCCAGUCUCCGCAUCCCGAUCCCAACCGAGAGGCAGCAAUGAGGGAGAUCGUCCAUAUCCAGGCCGGCCAGUGCGGCAACCAGAUCGGGGCCAAGUUCUGGGAAGUGAUCAGCGAUGAACAUGGAAUCGAUCCGACUGGGAACUACGUCGGGGACUCGGACCUCCAGCUGGAGAGGAUCAGUGUCUAUUACAAUGAGGCCUCCUCACUCAAGUACGUCCCGCGAGCCAUCCUAGUGGACCUGGAACCCGGAACCAUGGACAGCGUCCGCUCCGGAGCCUUCGGACAUCUUUUCCGACCCGAUAACUUCAUAUUCGGACAGAGUGGUGCCGGUAACAAUUGGGCGAAGGGUCACUACACGGAAGGGGCAGAACUGGUGGACUCGGUAUUAGAUGUUGUGAGGAAGGAAUGUGAAAACUGUGAUUGCCUCCAGGGGUUCCAGCUGACGCACUCUCUGGGUGGAGGCACCGGCUCCGGCAUGGGCACGCUGCUCAUCAGUAAAGUCAGGGAGGAAUACCCGGACCGCAUCAUGAACACUUUUAGCGUAGUGCCUUCCCCGAAGGUGUCCGACACAGUGGUGGAGCCGUACAAUGCUACAUUGUCUAUCCAUCAAUUGGUAGAAAAUACAGACGAGACCUACUGCAUCGACAACGAGGCUUUAUACGACAUCUGCUUCCGCACCCUUAAACUAGCCACUCCCACCUAUGGAGACCUUAACCACCUUGUCAGUGCCACCAUGAGUGGGGUCACCACUUCCCUGAGGUUCCCUGGACAACUUAAUGCCGAUCUGCGUAAACUGGCUGUCAACAUGGUGCCCUUCCCACGUCUUCAUUUCUUCAUGCCAGGCUUUGCCCCACUGACUGCCCGUGGCAGCCAACAGUACCGGGCACUCACUGUCCCAGAACUCACUCAGCAAAUGUUUGACGCCAAGAAUAUGAUGGCGGCCUGUGAUCCCCGCCACGGACGGUACCUGACAGUGGCCACCGUCUUUCGCGGGCGCAUGUCAAUGAAGGAGGUGGAUGAACAGAUGCUAGCCAUCCAGAGCAAGAACAGCAGCUACUUUGUAGAAUGGAUCCCCAACAAUGUGAAAGUUGCUGUGUGUGACAUUCCACCUCGUGGUCUCAAGAUGUCCUCCACAUUCAUCGGCAACAGCACCGCCAUACAAGAGCUUUUCAAACGCAUCUCCGAGCAGUUCACCGCCAUGUUCCGACGCAAAGCGUUCUUGCAUUGGUACACCGGAGAGGGUAUGGACGAAAUGGAGUUCACAGAAGCCGAAAGCAACAUGAAUGACCUUGUAUCAGAGUACCAGCAGUACCAGGACGCCACCGCCGAAGAGGAGGGCGAGAUGUAUGAAGAUGACGAAGAAGAAUCUGAGGCUCAAGGAAAGUAAAACAAAAAAAGCCGUCCCAGGGCUAGAGACCUCUGUUUGUGCCCCCCCAGGUUUAGAAGUCCUACUCAUAUUGCAUCAUGCAUCGCUUCUGAGUUAGAAUUAUAGUCCCAGGCAGGGUCGGAACCUCUACCCUUCAUCUCCUUUAUUUAUUUAGCUCUCCAAUGCUAAACCCUGCAGAAUUUACUUUGCACGAUGUGUUAAUAGCAAAAGCAGAUCAGAACUUAUUGUGGACAAAGGCCCAUAAAAUGUUACAGGACACGAUGUACACAAAUGAUUUCUUCUUUAUCUUCCCCCCAGGCCUUGAGAUUGUGAAAACCUCACUGUUGUGACAUCAUGUCAAGGUUUCUGUUCCAAGGUUCAAUCUCCAUAUUUAAGGGGUGGCCAUGGGCACGGAAAUCAGGCCACCACAUUUCUGCAGUCAUUGUGGCCCUUAAAGCUGACCUCUGCAGGUUGGGAUCUGCCAUUCUUUGACCAUUAGUGGUAGUUCAAGGUCAAUGGACACGCAGGUUGACGUCACUUUUAGAGAGGAUGUCCAUGGCCAUGCAUGCCUCUGUAGCAAGGGAGAGCUUACAACGUUAGUUAAGAGGAGGGUCAAGGGUGUAGAGUAGCAGAUGGCAAAUUGAAUGUGUUUUGAGUGAAAAUCAGAAAGCUUCAUAUCUAGAAAUAGUAUGACAAUGCGUUCUAAGCAGGAAGAGCUGAAGAGUACCUGUCUUCAUAACUGCAUGGAUGACAAUAGGGAUUUGUGUCCGCGGGGAGAGAAUUGAACUCCGACGCUCAACAAAGUCAAAGUGUUGCGUAAACUCUAGCGCCAGAGUCCCAGGUUUUA